CCAGAGCGUGGCUCGCGGAAGGAUUCCUGAGAAAUUAGAGAUCAAGAUGCCUGGUAAACCACAUGUUUCCAAGAAAAAGUCUCAACAGUUAAAAAGAAAUUCAAAAAGAAAAACUGAUGAUGAUGAAGAGUUAUCAGAGAAAAAGGUUAGAAACACAGGAAAAAGAAAUAAAAAUCAUCCAAACCAUCUGUCUUCUAAAGGACAAACAAAGCAUACUAAUAUAAAACAGAUAAAGAUAGCACCCAACAAAAGGAAAACCUGGCAACCACUUUCAAAGAGUAGCAGAGAACAUUUGCAAACAAUAAUGGAAUCAGUAAUAAUAACAAUUUUGAGUAAUAGUAAGAGAGAAAAAGAAGAAAUACAGUAUCAUCUCAACUUACUGAAAAAAAGAUUGCUACAAUUUUGUGAAACCCUGGAAGUCCCUCCUGAAAAGCUGAAGGAUUUAACUCACGUGUCAAGUCUGCUGGAUGUGGAAAGGGCACGGGAGCAAGAUAACGAAGAAGGUCUGGCAUUACUGCAGGAAGAAAUAGAAAAAAUGGUAGGAACUGCAGAAUCAAUGACUGAGGAUAUUUAGAGCCUAAAGAACAAAAUUGAAAUUCUGGAAAGUGAGGUAGAAGAGGAAGAGAAGACACUAAAACAAGUGUUUCAAAUGGAUAGUGGUAGUGUACUCUGUCUUCCAGAACUUUCUCAGAAAAGUCUCAAAGCACCCACACUUCAGAAAGAAAUUCUGUCACUAAUUCCAAACCAGAAUGCUCUUCUAAAGGACUUGGAUGUUCUUCAUAAUUCCUCCCAGAUUAAGAACAUGGUGACGCUCAUUGAGGAAGCCUAUAAGAAACUGGAUGCCACCUGAAGAGUUUUUUCUUAGAUUGUCCCAUAUUAAUGUUUAUGAUUUAUAAAGCUACUAACUUAUGAUGAUAUUGCAGAGGCUGAGGCUUCUGCAGGUUUUAUUAAGCCCCAUUAGGCACUUUAAAAUUAGCCUCUGUAGGUCUAUCAUUAGUAUCUAAUGUAGUUCUGAAAACUCUUUUUAGCAAUCGUCAAAUCUAGGAAAUCAACAUUUAUAUUGUUGUAUCUAUAAUUACUUACCUAAAACGAUUAAAAGAAUAGUCAGCAUGACCUAACAGUUUAUAAUGGUUAAACAGAACUCAUUUAUUGGUUAAAGGUAGAAUUGUGGUGUAUAAAUUACGUACAGUACCUAAUAUGAAAUAGGAUAGGAGUUUGCUAUUACUAAUUCAGUAGCUGAUGGCUUGCAUUUUCUACCUGAUCAUUUGGAAGCUGGAAAAGCCUCCCUUUUUUACCUAGCUCCUUAGUCUUUUUGGAAAGUAGUUAAGAAUUGCCAGGUAUGUUUAACUUCGGAAGUAACAUCAACAUUUUAUUGCUUUGGUAGGUAAGUGAAUCGAUUUAUUUUCUACUGUCAUGAAAGCGUAUCUUUACUUAAAAUUAUUUUAAAAGGAA